CAAGCUGGGGCUAGGCUACAGCAGCAUUCACCCGGCGACGAGAGGUGACAGUCGGCUUGUGGGGGUACGUUCCAUUCACCUUCACCGGCGUGACGGCGUGGCCACGGAGACACGGCGGCUGUGUAGUUUUCUUAUCACCUGAUGUUUCCCUCUUAACGACCGGCCGCCACCAUGCCAGAGGAGGAAACUAUCAACGUAAAGGAGGUGGAGAUCAUCAAGGUGAUCUUGGACUUCCUCCACUCCAGGAAGUUGCACAUCAGUAUGCUGGCGCUGGAGAAGGAGAGUGGCGUCAUUAACGGGCUUUACUCGGACGACAUGCUCUUCCUCAGACAACUGGUGCUUGAUGGCCAGUGGGAUGAGGUUUUGCAAUUCAUUCAGCCUCUGGAAUGUAUGGAGAAGUUUGACAAAAAGAGGUUCCGUUAUAUAGUGCUAAAGCAGAAGUUUCUGGAAGCCCUGUGUGUGAAUAACGCCAUGUCUGCUGAGGAUGAGCCACAGCACUUGGAGUUCACCAUGCAGGAGGCGGUCAAGUGUCUGCACGCCUUAGAGGAGUUCUGCCCCUCAAAGGACGACUACAGCAAACUGUGUCUGCUGCUCACCUUGCCUCGUCUCACAAACCACGCAGAGUUCAAGGACUGGAACCCGAGCACGGCCAGGGUGCAGUGUUUUGAGGAAGCCUGCACCAUGGUGGCAGAGUUUAUCCCCGCCGACCGAAAGCUGAGCGAGGCAGGAUUCAAAGCAAGCGGGGAUCGCCUCUUUCAGCUGCUUCUCAAGGGAGUUCUCUACGAGUGCUGUGUGGAGUUCUGCCAGAGCAAGGCAACGGGGGAGGAGAUCACAGAGAGCGAGGUUCUGCUGGGUGUUGACAUGCUGUGUGGUAACGGCUGCGACGACGUGGACUUGUCCCUUCUGUCGUGGAUGCAGAACUUGGGCCACAGCGUCUUCUCCUGCGCAUUUGAACAGAAGCAGCUCAACAUCCACGUGGACCGCAUAGUUAAACCUGCAAAAACUGGCUACGCCGAUCUGCUCACACCGCUCAUCAGCAAACUGUCUCCCUACGCAUCCUCCCCGAUGCGCCGGCCCCAGUCGGCCGACACCUACAUGUCACGCUCUUUGAACCCGGCGCUGGACGGGUUGUCCUACGGGCUGUCCGGCCAGGAUAAACGAGCAAGCGGCGCGGACGUGGCACCGGGUAAAGGUGUCUCUCCUAUGUCUCACUCUUUUGCCAACUUCCACUACCCAGGGAACGGUGGACAGAGCCUGAGCAGGAGCCUCAUGAUGGAGAGCUCAGACUGCCACAGCAUCUUUGAAGAAUCGCCUGAAACGUCCAGGACGGAGACGCCUGUGGACAAAAUGUUGAAUUCUGGUGAAGGUCAGAUUUCGCGUCCCGCCUCAGCUCCUGGGGAAGAUGCACCUUUAGCUGACGCUGCUGAAAGGAACGAGCUGUGGGAUUCCACGGAGAAGUACGAGGAGUAUUAUCGUCAGCGCCUGCGUGUGCAGCAGCACCUGGAGCAGAAACAGCAGCAGAGGCAGAUGUAUAAGCAGAUGCUGCUGGAGGGAGGAGUGCAGCAGGAGCCACCGCCUGAUGACAUGCAGCACAGCCUCACAGAAAAGUUCCUCAACAAGUCCAUCCAAAAGCUGGAAGAACUAAACCUGGGCAGGGAGAGUUUAGGAGAUGAGGUCAAGUCUUUGGCCGAGCACUGUAACGGCAACCUGCCUUCUUCAGAGUGCAACAACAACCCUCCAUCCUCCACCCCGGAGCACGACAGGAGCCAAAGGAGCGACGUGCUCAGCAGCACACCACAACACCAUGCAGUGGGAGGCCGUGCAGUCCCAGCCCCGAGUGAAUCCCCUGUUAUCUCACAGAGUGGGCAAAAUCACAAGGCCGGCUCACAUGGUGACUCCCCAGGAUCAUUGUCUCGCUGUAAAGAGGGUGACAAGGAAAAAAGCUUGUUUGUGCCAGUACACACUCUAGAGGACACUCAGGCCAUCCGUGCGGUCGCCUUCCACCCCUCAGGGGCACUCUACGCCGUUGGCUCAAACUCCAAAACGCUUCGAGUCUGCGCUUAUCCAGAAACCCUUAACCCAAGUGGUUCAAGUCCAGUGAAGCAGCCGGUGGUCCGCUUUAAAAGGAACAAACACCACAAAGGGUCCAUCUACUGCGUGGCCUGGAGCCACUGUGGGCAGCUACUGGCAACAGGAUCCAAUGACAAAUAUGUCAAAGUUCUUCCUUUUAGUGCGGAGACGUGCAACGCCACAGGCCCAGACUUGGAGUUCAGUAUGCACGACGGCACCAUCCGGGACUUGGCCUUUAUGGAGGGUCCAGAGAGCGGCGGCGCCAUCUUGAUCAGUGCUGGUGCAGGAGAUUGUAACAUCUACACUACCGACUGUCAGCGAGGACAAGGCCUGCACGCCCUGAGUGGACACACAGGUCACAUCCUGUCUCUCUACACCUGGGGAGGAUGGAUGAUAGCGUCGGGCUCCCAAGAUAAGACGGUGCGCUUCUGGGACAUCAGAGUGCCCAGCUGUGUGCGAGUGGUGGGCACCGCCUUCCACGGCUCCGGCAGUCCCGUCGCCUCGGUGGCAGUUGACCCGAGCGGACGUCUCCUGUCCACAGGACAGGAGGACAGCGCCUGCAUGCUGUACGACAUCAGAGGCGGGCGCAUCGUGCAGGUGUAUCGGCCUCACAGCAGCGACGUGCGCUCAGUCAGGUUCUCGCCCGGUGCACAUUACCUGCUCACGGGGUCCUACGACGCCAAGGUGGUGGUCACCAACCUGCAAGGUGACCUGACCAAGCAGCUGCCUCUGACUGUGGUGGGCGAGCACGGUGACAAGGUAAUCCAGUGUCGAUGGCACACCGACGACCUCUCCUUCCUGUCAUCCUCUGCCGACCGCACCGUCACACUGUGGACUCACAACCCAUGAGUACACACACACACACACGACCCUUAAGUACACGCACACAACCCAUAAGUACACAAACACACAUAACCCUUAAGUACACACAACCCAUAAGUACACACACACAUGACCCUUAAGUACACACACACAUGACCCUUAAGUACACACACAACCCAUAAGUACACACACACACAACCCAUAAGUACACACACACAACCCAUAAGUACACACACAACCCAUAAGUACACACACACACACACACAACCCAUAAGUACACACAUACAUAACCCAGAAGUACACACAUACACACACACAACCCAUAAGUACACACACACAACCCAUAAGUAGAUGCACACACUCGUUUAAACACACAACUGCUUCUGGAUCUCACCCAACACAUGAAAAGCACAUGUUGCACACUGCAUCUGUUGUCACGGCAACCGGCACAAAACACUGGAGCGCUAAUCACUGGGUCACAUACACACACACACAUUCAUUUUGAGACUCACACACACGUCACAACAGGUUGCAUGUGCGUUGAACAAACAGGACCGAGCUUUUUUUCAUCAUGACGGUGCCUUUCUUCAAAUUGUUUUAACACCACAUUCCAUCUUGUACUUCCGCUUCCGCAUCUUGUAGUCCCGCUGCUUUGGUUUGGGACUGGUGUUAAAGGCCAACUGAAACCCACUACUACCCACCAUGCAGUCUGAUAGUUUAUAUAUCAAUGAUGAAAUAUUAACAUUGCAACACAUGCCAAUACGGCCUUUUUAGUUUACUAAAUUAUAAUUUUAAAUUUCCCGGGAGUUUCGUCUUGGAAACGUUGUGUAAUGAUGACGUGUACGCAAGACGUCACGGGUUUUUAGGAAGUAUGAGCGCUGCGCACACACACAGCUAAAAGUCGUCUGCUUUAACGGCAUAAUUAUACAGUAUUUUGAACAUCUGUGUUGCUGAAUCUUUUGCAAUUUGUUCAAUUAAUAUUGGAGAAGUCAAAGUAGAAAGAUGGAGUUGGGAAGCUUUAGCCUUUAGCCACACAAACACAACGUGAUUCCUUGUUUAAAAUUCCUGGAGGUGAAACUUUCCUAUGGAUCAGAGCGCGGUCAAGAGAACAUGGAUCCCGACCACAUGUCAACCAGCAGGUUUAGGUGAGAAAAUUGUGGUUAAAAAGUCGCUUCUUGCCGGAGAAAAGCUGAGCUUGUGCCGUCCAUAGCUGCCGUCGACUCCCCUGAGACACUGCGCGUCAAGACACCCGUGGACACACACCUCCGACUAUCAGGUACUAUUUAACUCACUAAAACACUAGCAACACAAUAGAAAGAUAAGGGAUUUCCCAGUUAUCCUAGUAAAUGUGUCUAAAAACAUCUGAAUCCGUCCCAAUGCAAUGCGUUUUUUUUUGUAGUCCGUCGCUAUCAAUAUCCUCAAACAGGAAUCUUUCAUCCUCGCUCAAAUUAAUGGGGAAAUUGUCGUUUUCUCGGUCCGAAUAGCACUUUUUGUUGGAGGCUUCCAUUAAAAAUAUUGUGAAUAUGUGAGGAGCCAUCAAACAUGUGACGUCAUCGUCUGCGACUUCCGGUAGAGGCAGGGCUUUUCUCUUAGCACCGAAAGUUGCAAACUUUUUCGUCAAAGUUCUCUACUAAAUCUUUUCAGCAAAAAUAUAGCAAUAUCGCGAAAUGAUCAAGUAUGACGCAUAGAAUGGACCUGCUAUCCCCAUUUAAAUAAGAAAAUCUCAUUUCAGUAGGCCUUUAAGUCCCUCUCUAAAUCCACAACAGCCUUCCUAACUCUGCUGUUGCUUUGACGACGCGUCGCUCUUUCAAAUGUUUCAAAAGUGAAUAAUCAGUGUUUUCUCUUUUAAGCCUUGCAAUGACAGAUUGUGUUUAAAGGGAAUGCAAUUUUUUGCUGUUCUAUGGUAAAACCAGUAGGGGGCAGUAGUUGAAUUGUUUGCAGUCAAUGGAACUGUUCACAUACUUAUUUUACAGCCAGUAUUUAAUUUCUUGACAUUUAAUGCACUUUUUUUUCAACUUUGUUUCCUUUUUUGAAAAACAUGUUUUAACAAAUAACAUCAAACUAAUGCAUAAAUUGUCCUAUUUAUUUAUUUUUAGUUGUAAUUGUACAGAUUUGUAAAUGCUGGUGGCUGAUGUAUCGACCUGAUACUUUAGUUUUAUUUAACUCAAGCUAACAGAUGUUAAAUAAAGUGUCUUUUAACCAGA